ACAGAUUUGUUCUCCGCACUGAACUAUUCCAUUCCUGCUCGCUGGAGGGGUGUGAGAAAAAAAAAAAAAAAGACUUGUCCUUAGCACGAGAUUAUGCCAUUCCUGCCACUGCAGUGUUUUGGGGAAAAAAGAAUUUGCCCUCAGCUUCGGACAACACCACGCCUGCCAACUGCAGGGGUGUACGGCAGGCCAAGUCGGGUCUCACCACGAGACGCCAUGAAAUAGGAGGCGCAAAGUAGCACGUAAGACGUCCUUGAUCCGGAAGUAGAGAGAAACGCCUAAACCCGCCGCCUGAGCGGAAGCCGCUUCGCUUCACAGCCCCCUUUCGCUCGGCUCUCCGGCUGUUACUCUGCUUCCUGUUUGGCUUGCGAGCGGUUGUAGGCGACGCUGAGCAGGUUCCUGCCGUAAGACUUGGACCUCGCUGCCUCUGGAACCUCGGUUGUGCUGUUUUCUAGCUGCCCUGCUGAGACCUCACCAUGUCUUCCCACAAGACUUUCAGAAUCAAGAGAUUCCUUGCAAAGAAGCAGAAGCAAAAUCGUCCCAUUCCGCAGUGGAUCCGAAUGAAAACUGGCAAUAAGAUCAGAUACAACUCCAAAAGGAGACACUGGAGAAGAACCAAGCUGGGCUUAUAAAGAACUGCUGCCCUGGUGGCUUAUAUUUACUCUUUCCUAGUCCGAAAAGGCCUUACCAUGCCACCGCCCUGAUGCUGGAAAUUGCAAAACUGCAGACAUAAAGAAACUUCUUCUAAAGAGA